UCUCCCUCCAUCCAUCCUCAUCGUUUUCUUUUUCCGCCGGCGACAACUCCGGCGUAUCAGUAGCGACACCAUUCGGCUACUUCUCUGAUGUCACACCAAGCAUCCUCCUUUCUUCGUCCUCUAUCAUCAGAUUCCGCAACCGCCAUCGCCGCUCUAUGCUCAAACCGUAACUUCCGAGAAGCUUUCCGGCGAUUCGGACUCAACAUCUUCUCCAACACAUCUCUCUUCACCCCAUUCAUCAAAUCCCUCUCCCUCACACAAUCUCUCCCCAAUGCAAACCAGCUCCAUUCCCUCCUCGUCGUCUCCGGAUUCUCCUCCGACAAGUUCGUAUGCAACCACCUCAUGACCCUCUACUCGAAGCUCGGAGCUUUCCCUUCCGCCGUGGCCUUGUACGACCGCAUGCCCAAAAAGCAUUACAUGUCGUCCAACAUCCUGAUCGGCGGGUACGUACGUGACGGAGAUUUAGUCGGUGCACGGAAGGUGUUCGAUGAAAUGCCUGACCGAAGUAAAAAAGUCACGACUUGGAACGCGAUGAUCGCGGGUUUGAUUCAGCACGAGUGUAACGAAGAGGGUUUGAGGUUGUUUAGAGAAAUGCACGAGUUAGGGUUUUCGCCUGAUGAGUAUACAUUGGGUAGUGUUUUUAGCGGGUGUGCUGGGUUGAGAUGGGUGUUUGUAGGGAUGCAGGUUCAUGGAUACUUGGUUAAGUACGGGCUUGAGUUGGAUUCGGUGGUCAGCAGUUCGUUGGCUCAUAUGUAUAUGAGAAAUGGGAAGUUGGAAGAUGGGCAGAAUGUGAUUAGGUCAAUGCCUGUUAGGACUUUGGUUGCGUGGAAUACACUCAUCGCCGGGUACGCUCAAGAGGGAUGUCCUGAGACUGUGCUUUGUGAAUAUAAGAAGAUGAAAGUUUCAGGUUAUAGGCCGGAUAAGAUUACUUUUGUGACUGUGCUUAGUUCCUGUUCUGAUUUAGCGAUUAGAGGUCAAGGUCAGCAGAUUCAUGCGGAAGCUAUUAAGAUCGGGGCUAGCUCUGUUGUAGCUGUGGUGAGUUCGUUGAUCAGCAUGUAUUCGAAAUGCGGGUGUCUUGUGGAUGCAGCUAGAGCUUUCUCAGAACGUGGAGAUGAAGAUGAAGUGAUGUGGAGCUCGAUGAUCUCUGCUUAUGGGUUUCAUGGACAAGGGGAAGAGGCAAUCAAGCUGUUUGAUGCUAUGGUGGAGGAGACAAAGAUGGAGACAAACGAGGUUACGUUUCUUAACUUGCUUUACGCGUGUAGCCAUUCCGGUUUGAAAGACAAAGGGCUUGAGUUGUUUGACACGAUGGUUGAUACAUACGGGUUCAAGCCUAGUUUAAGGCACUACACUUGUGUGGUGGACUUACUCGCUCGAGCAGGGGAUUUGGAUCAAGCCGAGGCGAAAAUAAGGUCAAUGCCAAUGAAAGCAGACACGGUUAUAUGGAAAACGUUGUUAUCUGCGUGUAGCAUACACAAAAACGCAGACAUGGCGCAGAGAGUCUUUGAAGAGAUUCUUAAGGUUGACCCUAAUGACUCUUCUUGUUAUGUUCUGCUCGCAAACGUUCACGCCUCAGGGAAGAGAUGGCGUGACGUCUCAGAAGUGAGGAAGUCGAUGAGAGAUAAGAACGUGAAGAAAGAACCGGGAAUCAGCUGGUUUGAACACAGAGGUGAAGUGUAUAAAUUUAAGAUGGGAGAUCGUUCUCAGUCUCAAUCGAAAGAGAUCUAUGCGUACCUGAAAGAACUGACUCUAGAGAUGAAGGCGAGAGGAUACAAGCCUGAUACGGCUUCGGUGUUGCAUGAUAUGGAUGAUGAGGAGAAAGAAUCAGACUUGGUGCAGCACAGCGAAAAGCUAGCGGUUGCGUAUGCGCUCAUGAUAUUGCCUGAAGGUGUACCCAUUAGGAUAAUCAAGAACUUGCGGGUUUGCGGCGAUUGCCAUGUUGCUUUCAAGUAUAUAUCGGUGAUCAAACACCGAGAGAUCACGUUAAGAGAUGGUAGUAGAUUCCAUCAUUUCGUUGACGGCAAGUGUUCUUGCGCUGAUUAUUGGUAACUUGGGGGUAGCAUUAGGACAAAGGUUGUGAUUUUAGUCACACGACUCAGAUUCGCUACAGUGCUGAUUAGCUUUGUGCUAAUGUGCUGGACCGUGUGGUUCGUUGUCUACUUCACUAGGUGUACUCGUUGAACUCCACAAGUACCAUGUUUUUAGUCACCUUAGAGGUUCCAUACAUCAUUUGUAAUUUAGAGAUGUGCAAUUGCUCCAUUUGUAACCCUCAUCGAAAGAUUCGUUCAUAAUUAUAUUCAAUACUACACUAUAUAUAUAUCAAAACAUUUUUUUAGCA